AAACCUUAAAUUCUGUUUUUCAUAUGUUUAGAGGCGUUUGUGGAUCCAAGUGAGAAGCAGCAGCAAACGUGUCAAGAAUUGGCGCAAGAUUUGGACGCACCCGUUAGAACGUGUCAAGCAUGCAUAAUACUUCAACAGAGUUGCAAAACAAGUGCACUUACAUAAAUCUGAAAAUGAAAAACUAGUUCCAGAUGAGAUGAAAGCAGAAAAGAGAUUGUUCAUCUGUUAAAAAUCGGAAACAUAUUAGGUAGUAAAAUUGAGAGAGAUCAGAUUCUGAAAUAAUGGCACAGGCAACGCUGACUCCUCAUGGUGAAAAGGUGGAAACAUUCAGGUUGCUUAGUGGGCACCUUAUCCCCGCUGUCGGCUUAGGCACCUGGAAAUCCGAAACCCCCAGAGAAUCCGUUUGCAAUGCUCUCGUUCAGGCUGGUUACAGGCAUGUGGACACAGCGGCCCAGUAUGGAGUUCAAAAGGAGGUUGGAGCAGGAAUCAAGGAAGCCAUACAUGCAGGAAUAGACAGGAAGACCUUGUUUGUUACAUCGAAAUUAUGGUGCACUGAAUUGUCUCCUGAAAGAGUGCGGCCCGCACUCUUGAACACACUUGGCGAAUUGCAGCUUGACUACCUUGAUCUCUAUCUUAUCCAUUGGCCAUUUCGCCUGAGAGACGGGGCCACUAGACCUCCAAAAGCAGGGGAUGUUCUGGAUUUCGACAUGGAAGGAGUUUGGAAGGAAAUGGAGAAACUAGUGAAGGAAAAUCUUGUACGGGACAUUGGAGUCUGUAAUUUCACCAUGAAAAAACUCAAUAAGCUAUUGAGUUUUGCUGAGAUAAAGCCUUCAGUGUGCCAGAUGGAGAUGCAUCCCGGGUGGAGGAACGACAAGAUGCUGGAGGCUUGCAAGAAAAAUGGCAUCCACGUUACUGCGUAUUCACCACUGGGUUCACAGGACCAGGGCCGAGAUCUCAUCCACGAUCCAAUGGUGGAGAGAGUGGCAAUGAAACUGAACAAGAGCCCAGGGCAGGUGCUCGUGAGAUGGGCUAUUCAGAGGGGCACCAGUACUAUUCCAAAAUCUAAUCAUCAUGAAAGGAUCAGAGAGAAUAUACAUGUUUUCGAGUGGGAAAUCCCCGAGCGGGACUUCCAAGCACUUUGUACCAUCUCAGAUCAGAAGCGUGUACUGGAUGGGGAAGAGUUGUUUGUGAACAAGACGGAUGGACCUUUCAGAAGCACAGCUGAUGUUUGGGAUCAUGAGGACUGAGGGGAUGAGCGCCUUCAGCAAAUGGACGAGCCCCCAAACAUAAUCGUCGUUUGACAUAGAUCAUGAAAUCAGAAUGUGGAGAGCGUGUUUAUGAUGAAUCUCGUAUCUUAGUUGUUCUUGUCCCUUUCCCUAUGUCUGAUACAGAAUAAACUCUGCAUGGAAGUUGUACCUAACGCACCUGUUGGACCAUUUUCAGUUGUAGAGCUAACACUCGCGACAGUUGCAAAUCUGUUUGCAAAUACAGGCUACCCCAACUACUUCAUAUCCGCAUAAGUAGACUUGAGUUCAGGUCAAGAGAUAUUAUUGCAUCUGAAAA